GUCAGUUUUGAAAAACAGUCAAUAUCGAAUAUAUGAUUAUAAAAUAUAAACGAAGUUUUUGCUUUAUGUGUAUAUUUAUCCACCGAUAAUUUUAUUAAAUUUCAUUUAAAAAUUUACAUAAAUUUGGGAUAUAAAAAUGUCUGGAAAUUAUCCACCUGGUUAUAAUAAUAAUCGUGGAAAUUUUAAUUCCAUGGUUGGAAUGAAUAUGGUUGGAUAUAAUCAACAAACUGGUAUCCCAAUUCAAUCGGUGCAACAGGGAAUAGGAAAUAUGGGACCAACCGGCAUUCAAAGUCCAUCUCAUGUGCAGCAAUCUCCAAAUCCACAUCAAACUUUAGUUCAACAGCAAUUAACGCAGCAAGUUCAAGGGCCGCAAUUAAAUUUGUCUCCAAGUACAAACACGGUGUCGUCGUCAAUGGUGCAAUCGUCAAUGAAUCCAACACAUCACCAGACACAGGCACCACAACAACCUACGCAAACUAAUAUGGUGUCAACGGUUCCUCAACCACAAAUGCCGCAAAAAGAGAUAAACACUGUCAGUUUAACAAAGUUGGGGCAGGAGACUGUGCAAGACAUUACUUCGAGAUUUCAAGAAAUUUUUUCUGCUCUAAAAACAAUACAACCGACUACUGGAAAUCGUGAAAAUAGUGCUGAGAAGAAAGUUCAAGAGUAUUUUCGAACUAUACGUUUACUCUUUAAAAGGGUCAGAAUUAUUUAUGAAAAGAGUAAUGACGGUUGCUCUCAAGGAAUGGAAUAUACGAAUGUUGAAAGUUUGAUACCGUAUAAAGAUGAACCAGACCAUAGAACAGAACCUGCGCAAUGUGAAGAAUACAAAAAGAUCCUUCAGGAAAAUAGAGAGCUUAUUGAAACAGUUAUGCUUAAAAAUAAACAGCUUCGAGAAAUUAUUGAUAGAACGAGAAUAAUAAUUUGGGAAAUAAAUACUAUGUUAAGUAUGCGAAGAUCUUAAUAAAAUAAAACAUUGUUAAAGAUAAUUAAUUUUAUAAAAAUUGUGCGCUCGAACUGUUUAUAAUACAAAUUUCAUUAUAUGAAUGUUUUAAAUUAAAUAAAUAUUUCUUUCCAAUCGUUUCAAAAAACUAUUCAUUUAAUACAUUUUCACCGUAUGUUUGAGAGAACGAUACGUACAUACAUACAAUACAGUACAACUAAUCCCAUACAACUAAUUACCAGUUUUUGUUGAAUUUGAACAAGCUGUUGGAAAAGAAACAGAAAAAUUUGUUCAGGUAGAGCUUUCUUAACAUAAGAUAUAUGUAUCGACUAAUUAUAUUGACACCUUGCUCGUUUUUCAGUU